UUUUCGUAAACAGGCACAGCAUACUGCGAGGGGGCUGCUACAGCGAUGGCCACUCCUACACCCAAAUCGCGGCAGUCGAAAAUCACCGAUACAUCAAAGGAAAAUCAGGAAAGCCACGGAAGCGCCGCCGUUAAUCCGCAACAUUCGAAAAGUGUGUCAGAAAUCACAAAAUCAUCGCUGACACAAGCCGUCGACAGCGUGUCGCAUUCGAAACAAAUUCUACCGGCGGCGGUCGACACAGCAGUCGCCGAACGCAAGCAGUCCGCGUCCACAUCGUCUGCAGGCGGCGGCGGGUCUGGCAGCGUUGCAGAGAAAUCUACGCCUCCACGCUCCGUAGAAAAACCAGAACCGGCACCGCGCGAGAAGCGCCGGCAAGAUCACACUCCAUCAAAGUCGUCGGCGGCGUCGAAUGCGACCGAACACAGUCAAAAAGAGCACCACCGCACAUCCGAAGGUGCGACGCCAACGUCUCAACGAUCUGCCGGUGAACCGGAAAAACCGACCGCGGCCCCGCGCAGCCAACCAGCAGAGCGGCACUCUCCAGAGAAACCAUCGAGCUCGGCGACGCCGAAGAAGAUGCCGACAGGAGCUGCCUGCGCGGAGCUACAGGAGCGGCCGGAGUCGAACAGUGCCGUGGUACCCGCGUGGCACAGUGCUUCCGGAAGGACUACGCCGCGAGAAUUGGUGUUGCGAGAACAACGGAGCGAUACCGAUAGGGGUCCGUUCUCCUCGACACCCAGCGAAGACACCCUGAGCUCUGAAUACGAGAGAUCCGUCAGUGAAAAGAAGGCGGCCGUCAGUGAAAAGAAGGCGGUUUCCUCCAAGCCCGAGACGCCAAGCAAGCACCCCGCGUCCGCAUCGUCGGAUACCCCAAAGCUGCCCGACACGCAUAAGUCGUCGUCUGCCGGCGAGCCUCCGAGUGAAGAGCCAUUCGAGGAGGCACCGAGCAACGUGACACAAAAGGAGGAGGAGGAACAGCCAGCAAGAAUGCCAUGGUGGAAGCGGUCACUGUCAACAUCACCUAAGCGUCGUGCAGCAGACGCAGAAUGCAAAAAGGCGGCGCCCCUGCCCCUUACCGCAAAGGAGACCAACAGCUUUGCCUACAAGACAGUGCGCGACAGGCUGCCAGUCAUCUUGACAAAAGUCAUUGACACCGUUUUCAGGGACCGCAUGGAUAUUGAGCGAGUGCUGGGUCUCGAGGCACGCGAGGAGACCAAACUUGUCGUCGGGCGCCUCGCCAAGCUGCGCAACGAGAUGGUUACCAACAAGACCAUGAUACGCAUAGAGGACGACUUCGAAGAUGCAGACGUUUGGAACAGUGUGCUGGACGAGUACACAACAAAACACGGUUGCGAACCCCGCUGGUACGAGGCCCCCUGGCUCUACAUCGAGACCUACUUUUAUCGGCGUAUUUUUGAGUCAUUCCAGCUCACUAUCAAGCUGAGAGACUACGACCCCUUCAGCAAGCUCAAGCGGGAUGCCCUUUAUGGCUCUUUUAAUGCAGUGCGGGCCCUGUGCGACUUUUUGCGCUGGAACAUGCCUCGAGAUGCUACCAUGGAAACCCUCUGGCAAACCACAUACAGGCUGAUUGAAGUCUCACUUUGGGGCAACCGAUGUGACCUCUCGCUGUCCUGUGGUGCAGACAGUUCAAGCCAAGCAGGUUCACUGCAGCAGACAGAGAGAUUGCGACCGUACAUCAUCUCUAACCAUGCUGACAAGCUGUUGCAGCACCUCUGCAGGCUCCGGGAACGAAACUUCGACGGCGAGUCCAUCAAACUGCAUUGUGUGUUGGACAAUUCAGGCUAUGAGCUAGCCACUGACUUGGCUCUCCUUGACUUCCUUCACGAGACUGGAUAUGUAUCCACUGUGACAAUCCACGCUAAGGCCAUCCCUUGGUACGUGUCGGAUGUCAUGCGGCGGGACCUGUUCUGGACAUUGCGCGAGUUGGAAGACAGUGAUCACAUCGCUACACAGGCUCUUAGUGAACGGUGUCAACGUCGAAUCAAGGAUGGAGUGUGGUAUGUAAUGGACGACGUCUUUUGGACACAAUCAUUUGACUAUGCUGAGAUGGCAACAAGACGGCCUGACCUUUACAAGAUUUUACAGUCAGCAGAUUUAAUACUCUUUAAAGGCGAUCUCAACUACAGAAAACUUGUCGGUGACCUCAGCUGGCACCCCACGGUUCCCUUCAAGCAAGCACUGCGGGGCUUUGAGCCAUCAUUCAUAUGUGCCUUGCGCACCCUGAAGGCAGACACCCUAGCAGGCAUCGAUCCAGUGAUUCUUAGUGAAGUGGCCCAAAGGUCACCAGACUGGAUGGUCACAGGAGAGUAUGCUGUGAUUCAGUGUGCUGGAGUGGAACAUAAAAAAGAGCCAAGCUUAGUUCCCACACCUUCAGAUGUUGAUAGCCCUAAAAAACCAAGCUUAGUUCCCGCACCUUCAGAUGUUGAUAGCCCUAAAAAAUCCAGCACUGUUACACCGGUCCAUGAAUCAGGAACUUCUGCUUCAGCGCACACUGCUGUGUCGGUCUACCAUGCACAAAGUACAGACGUGCAUCAAGAAGUGAGAGGAUCCUCAAGCAGUGCCCCUGAACAAGUGAGUGGCACAACAGGAAGCGUGACAGCAGUCGGUGCAACAGCUGCUGCCUCAAGCAGUAUUGGCCAAGAAGCUGGACAGCAGAGUACCACUCAUAGUUCUGCACCUGAUGGAGCUAAGAAGCCGAGUUCCACUUCGUGCUCUGUGGAUCGUGAUGCACCGCAGAGAUCCGAUUAGGUCAUUUGUACCUUGGACGCUGAUUGAUAGAAUUUUCAGUUGUGCCUGGAGGUGUUUUAAAUCAUCCUGUUAGCAUGUUAUGUGUAAAUAAUGUUGCCACUUUACGAGAUAUAUGAUGGUUUAAUGUUGAGAACAACGCAAUAAAUUCGCAUUAUAUAUUGACA